AUGACCGUCUUCAACGCAUCUCGCCUUCUUGGCAAGACAGUCCUUAUCACGGGAGCAAGUUCUGGUAUCGGCGCGGCCACUGCCGUCUUGUUUGCCAAGGGAGGAUCCAACGUCAUACUUACCGCUCGACGAGCGGAUGCACUACAGAAAGUUGCAGAUGAAUGUACAGCUGCCCACAAAGAGGCCGGCCUGCAACAUGGCGGCAAAUUUGUCACCAUACAAAUCGACGUUUCUGACAGGAGUCAAAUCAAUGGCUUCCUAGAGAGGAUACCCGCCGAUCUUCGCGAGAUAGAUAUCCUCGUUAAUAAUGCUGGAUACGUCGUGGGCGUGGACAAAGUUGGCGACCUGUCUCUGGAUAACAUGGAGAGCAUGUUCGCAACCAAUGUGUUUGGCUUGAUCGCCCUAACCCAGUUGUUCAUCAAGGAAUUCAAGAAGAGGAAGUCUGGUCAUGUUAUUAACCUUGGCUCGAUCGCCGGAAGAGAAGCCUACCCUGGGGGUAGCAUCUACUGUGCAACCAAACAUGCCGUUAGUGCAUUUACGGGCUCUCUCAUGAAGGAGCUUGUCGACACUCCCAUUCGUGUCACCGAAAUCCAACCAGGUAUGGUGGAGACCGAGUUCUCGGUCAUCCGUUUCAAAGGCGACAAGUCCGCGGCAGACAAAGUCUAUGAGGGACUUCAGCCUCUGGUGGCUGAAGACAUUGCGGAAGAGAUCGUCUGGGCUGCAUCGCGCCCCCCACAUGUCAAUCUCGCUGAAGUCUUUGUGCUUCCAGUGAACCAAGCCAGUGCCACUCUCAACUACAGGGCGCCGAAGUUGUAA